UAUUUUAGUGAAAAAAUGGAUUCAGACCCAGAAGAGGUUUUGUCUCAUCUCCAUCAGUUGGUAAAAAAUGUGGAACCAAUCAUAAAAGAAUCAGAUUCAGUUGAAGCAGCUGAAGAUGCAAUUUUGCAUUUAGAAGAAACAGACGAAAAUUUUCACAAAUAUGAUUUUGUUCGUCACAUCCACAAUCAAUUGGAAUCAGCGAUGGGACAUUUGAUUGAUGAAGAAAUAGAAAAGAACAGCAUGGGAGGCAGCAGCAUGAACGCAACAUCUGGACAAGAAACUCUCGUUCAACUUGUCACCAAUUCUGUUGCUGAUUCUAAAGGAUUUUCAUCUAUUGUGAAAAAGCUAUGCUCAGAGACUAUGGCAGCAUCUGAGACAAUAAUUCAAAGUAUAGAAGACGAGAGAUUGAGUGCGAUAGGAGAAGAAGAUUCCAACAGUCAACCAAGCAGAAGACAUCAAUCUGUGUUCAGUGAUGGAGGUUCAACAUAUGAUCAUGAUGGUUUAUAUUUCUUAAGUCAGAAACAAUUCCACUUGAUUGCCGAUGAGAUGGACAGUCAAAAACCACUCAAUGUGAGGAGAGAGGCUUUGAGAAGAUUAUGCCAAGUUCCUCCCUCAGAUGUAAUGGCGAGUGAGAGUUGGUCUCAGUUGAGAAUAUCUCUCAUGGCUGCUCUAGCGGACAAUGACACCCAUAUUGCUCAUGAUGCUCUCAGCUUUCAUGCUAAGAUGUUUGCAGUUUCAAACCACCAAAUAAUGAAAGAAACGUACACCUGCCUUGCUGAACAUCUUCAAACAUUAUUUACUUCUUCAAGACAUGAUCAUUUACCAAUGAUAGUUGAUGGACUGGAUUUAACCCAACCUGAAGUUGUUCAUAUAUUGAAAAGAAUUCGACUUUUGAACGAGUUCCAACAGCAAGUUCCAUCAAUAUGGGUACGCUAUCCUGAAAACUUCUUAGAAGCAAUCGUUGAAAGUACACUCUCAAUUAUUGUACUACAUCCAAAACCAGUUCGGGGUGGAGCUAAAGAGUUAAUUUCGCCAUUACAUUUCUUUUCUCUCGUUGACACAAAAGCAAAUUGGCUGAAGAAGUGGUUGCAUGGGAAUUACAGUAGAUAUGUCGUAAUAAAACAAAUGCAGCAAGAUUUCAGAGUCUUUCUACAAGAUGCAGUUGAACAUUGUAUCAGUUUCUGUGAUAAAUGCAGAAUAAAACAAUCCAACAGUGGAAUGACAAACUUGAUGAAGAAAAUGAAACAACAUAAAAUAGCUGAAGAAAAACGAAGAACGAAGUAUUCACCAGCAGAACUAGAGCAUCUCACUUUCAUUCAUUCAUUGUGUGUUCUUGGUCGUUUACUACUCUAUUCGCAAGGUCGCGACCUUUUUCCAGUUCGAACAAGGCAAGGAAAAGAAGUUUCAAUCCAGACUCUUGUUAUAACAUGGAUACAGAUAUUAAAUCUUGCAAAACACAAACCGAAAUAUGACCAGAAGAGUUAUGAACCUGCGUUACUCGCUGGAAAGAUUCUACGAACUCUCUUUAGCUCGAGUGCAUUUGUUGAAAAUUGUUUGAACACAGAAAUUAUCGAUGCUCUGUUGUCUCCUGUGAAGUCAUGGCUACAUGAAGGAAUAUCAAAUCAAGAUUCAGAAAACCAGGCAAGUGAAGCCACCAUGCUUCAUAUCUCAGAAAUACUAGCUUGUCUCACAUCCACUGUAUCUGGGAGGAAUAAACUAAUGUAUGGAUGCUCCGAUAAAACUAUCGGCUCCAGAAAGUUCUCAGCUGCCGCUCAUGUUGUUGCUGAAUUCGCACAGAAAGCAUUAUGUGGCAACUUACCUUCAUUAUCAAAACGAACCCAGAGUUAUCUCGUCACAGGAUCGUUUGUAUUUGUUUGUCGACAAAUGUACAACACAUGUGAAGGACUUGCGUUACUACAAGAAUAUAGAUUGCAUGAAUGCCUUGCAAGAGCAUGGAAACAGAUUCAUGACAAGCACGGAGAAGUGUCAACGCCAACUGGGUCGGAAGACGGUAACGAUUACCAUGGUAACAAUGACAUCACCGAUAUAUCUCCAAGCCAAUCAAUAUCUCAUAAUAUGUUGCUAUGGGAGGAAAAUUUGAUCGAUAACCUAUUGAACUAUGCUGCAACACCAAAGGGACUCCUGCUUUUGCAACAAACUGGAGCAAUCAAUGAAUGCGUCUCAUACAUGUAUACAAGAUAUAGGAAGAAGUUACAGGUUAGCAAAUGUGAAAAAUUUGGAUAUGGUGUAAUGGUGACACAAGUUGCGGCAACAGCUCCAGGAAUUGUCGCUCUCCAACUUGCUGGGUUUGAGAAGGCAUUGGUACAUGAACUAUGGGCUGGACUUGAAUGUGCUUCGGAUGAAAUAAGAAUGACCGCACCUCCACCACACCCCAUAUCACCGAUUGAUAAAUCUGUUCAUAAGUGUUUCAUUGGGCUUGUGAAUAUUCUUAGUUCCUAUGAUGCCGUGUUUCACAUAUUUCAUCACCAGACUUUACCAAAUAAACCGUCGUAUAGUUUCAGAGAAGUUCCAGAUUCUGUAUUGAAAGUGUUUGACCGACUUGUGAUGAUAAAUUCAGAAGCAAAAGUUCAUUCUUUGUUCAACCAUGAACAAUCUCACGUGUUUGGACUUAGGUUGUUGAAUGUAUUGGUAUGUAGUCUUGAUACCUGGUUAUUACUUGAAACUCAGUACAACAUCCAACAAACGUUACUGCAAAUGCAGAAAGAUGAUUGCACUUAUGAAGGAAAUAUUAUUAUCGACGCUCUAUCAGUUGAUCGUAACCAUAUUCUUGUACGAACUCAAGCGAUCGGAGGACCCUCGGAACGUCGGAUACCUCCUCGAUCGUUAGAACCAAUGAUUCACAAAGGAUCAAAACAACUUGCGUAUCCGUGGCCUUUGUUCAAUAAAUUUCCGCUUCCUAAAGAAUAUACACCAACAUUGAGUGGAAAAUCUUCUGUCAAAAAAGAAAGUGUUGUCAGUCGUUUUCUCUCAAAAACAAAAGCAUCUGAUAAGAAUCGUGGGUGGCUGGAACAAUGCAGGGAUAUGUUUGUUAAAACCAUGAUAUCAGGUCCAGGUGUAUUGAAAGGCAGCAUACUUGCAGAUUUAUUAGACAAAGCAGUUGUUGCUCAAGAAAGAAUGCCAGAGGAAAGAUUGUUCCCUAAUCCUUCUAUUAAAGAUCCACCUUUGAAAGAUUCUCUGAGUCCUGUGUCCACUGCUGGAAUCAAAAUGGCGGUAAGAUAUGGUAAGCAUCUCAACUUAAUGAAGAGUAGCACAGAGGCCACGACUAAUAAUUUGAAUUACGUUCUUCGACAUUGUCAAACUAUGCUUGAGGAUCAACAAGAGAAAGCGUCUGGCGGUGGAAAAAACAAUAAUGUGCAGAUUAAAACUCUGCAAGGACCAUACCAUGGUUUUGAUUGGUUUGUCAGCACCAUAUUCCUGAUGAAUGGAGGAAACAAAGACAAGACGUGGAAUUUUCUGCAAAAAUUUUCUGACCUGCUCUGCUCAGGAUUCUUGUGGCCAGCAAGACUACAUGCUAGUCUUCACUUGCCAAAAGAGAUGCGAUCAAGUGGGAUUCAUCCUUUAUUUUCACACACAGGACAUCAUGUGGAAUUAAUUUUACAGAAUGAACUUCCACUUGUCCACUCCACAUUUCGAAUGUGCGGUUACACUCCGUCACAAAUAUGUCAGCACUGGUUACAGCAAUGUUUCUGGAAUUACAUGGAUUGGAAUCAGAUUAAUCAUUACAUUGCUGUUGUUAUUAUAUUGGGAACUGAUUAUCAGGUUUACAUCUGCAUCAGCAUUUUCAAACAUUUGCAGGAACAAAUUCUUGAGCACAGAUUAACGCAAGAUUUACAAGUAUUUUUGAAGGAAAACCCAUUUCAUGGCUACAAUGUAGCUUCGUACAUGGAUUAUAUGCAAAUGUUGGAAUCCAAGUAUAAAGGAAUGGUUUUGUCUGAUCUACGUGGUAUUGCAGGAAAGAGCGGGAAAUAAUAAAUUUCAGUUACUUGCAGUGAAUGUAUUAGCGCUGAGUAGAUGGCGCAAAAUAAAAAAUAUUUGUGGAUUUGAAGCAAACUUUGGUUUUAUCAUGUUUGACAUCACUGGUCUUUGUAAAUGAAGCGAACGUGACUGUUCUGUUGAAUGAAUCACGAUAAUUUAUUUUUCAUCAUGUUGCAUGUUUGUAAAAUUUAUAUUUUUGUAGAAAUAAAUAUCGAACCAGUUUGAA